UUUCAGCCCCGAUCAAUACAAAAAUGGUUCUUCUCCACCACCAACCCCUAGGAUCCCACCACGCCACCACCAGUGGGGGUUCUCUACUGGAACGAGCCGACCUUUCGCACCCAAUUCCAGAAAAUGCGCGGAAACUUGCACAGCUGGUGGAGUAUGAUGAGAGCCGGGUGGAGUUAGGGACACAUUCAGUAUUCGUCCGAGAAGCCCGUCCACCUGGAGCACACUAUUCCAAGGCUACAGUCAUCUUUUUACAUGGACAGAGCUUCUCAUCAUCUACGUGGACAGAGAAUAAUUUGUUGAGAACAUUCGCGGCUCUCGGCUACCGUGCCAUAGCCAUCGACCUUCCCGGCUCGGGCCAAACUCGCGGAGCAGCUAUCCCACAAGCUGAGAAACCGAAUUUUUUGAUGGAUUUCAUCGAAACGCUGGGUCUGAAGCAGGUGAUGAUUGUGUGUGCUUCGAUGGCGGCACAAUAUGUUUUGCCACUGAUGACUUCUACGAGACAUCUCUCAUGUGUGGUCCUAGUCGCCCCAUCAAACACCCACGAAGUCGUCAGCCCUUCUUCCUAUACUGUGCCAACUUUAGUGGUUUGGGGCGAACGCGACACGUCUCUGGGCCCCACUGCAGCUGCAAAUCUCAAGAACCUUCCACAAGUGAAGCUUCAGAAGAUUCCAGACGCCGGACACGCGUGCUAUCUACACAAUCCAAAGUGCUUUGAGAACCUUUGCGUGAACUUUUUCGACUUAAUACGCAGCUAUCAUCAUUAAGGAGUUCUGGAAAUGUUGGUUGUCUCUGUGCCAUUUUUCGUCGUUUCCGGUGAAAUUUUUUCAAUUCUAUUCUGAUUGAGAAAAUAUCGAUCUUUGAUCCUCUUUCAAACUCUCUUUCAUUUUUUUGUUCACUUUUUGCCUGAAAUAAAAUGAUUUUUUAU